UCCCAGCUCCCGCGGCCACGUUUGCAGCCCGCGCGGAGGCGCGGGGCCUGGGGCCGGGAUCGCCCCGGGGUGCGGCCGCGGCCCCCCCGCGCGGGUCGCUCUCCUGGGCUUCGGCGCGCUCGGCGGCUCGGAGGUGAGAGCGGCCCCGGCGGGCUCCGGGAGGAGGCGGCCCCUGGAAGGAGUGGCCCCGCGGGGCUGCGGCGGGGACGUGGCGGAGACAGCCCCACUGCACGGACGGGGACACCGAGGUGGCGGCCCAGCCGAGGCGAUCCUUGAUUCAGGGCGACAGUCGGGCUGGAUCCCACCGCGAUGACCGCUGCCCGGACGGUCCCACGCCCCCCGCCCCUCCACCACCCGACAACAGAAUCCGGAAAGACGCGGUGCCCCAGGUUCCCGCCAGGUGUGCGGUCCCGGCCUCGCAGCCCUCGUGGUGGGCGGGGGGAGAGGGGGCAGCCCCGCGCGCUGCCCCCACCGACGCUUCUCCAUGCCCCCCGGUGCUGGACCACUCCUUCGUACUCAUCUGUGGCCUCCUCCGAGACGCCCUUCCGGACCACCCCGUCUGGAAUGGCCCUUCCCCCGUCCCGGGACCCUUUCUCCAAGAGACUUCCCUGCAGGCGCUAUGAAGCUGAACGAGAGGAGCGUGGCCCACUACGCACUGAGUGACUCCCCGGCGGACCACACGGGCUUCCUGCGCACUUGGGGGGGCCCAGGGAGCCCAUCCACCCCCAGUGGCAUGGGCCGAAGAUGCUGGUUUGUGCUCAAGGGCAACCUGCUCUUCUCCUUUGAGAGUCGUGAGGGCCGGGCCCCGCUGAGCCUGGUGGUGCUGGAGGGCUGCACAGUGGAACUGGCUGAGGCUCCCGUGCCUGAGGAGUUUGCCUUUGCCAUCCACUUCGAUGCCCCUGGGGUGCGGCCACACCUGCUGGCGGCCGAUGGGCCAAUGGCCCAGGAGGCCUGGGUGAAGGCGCUGUCUCGGGCCAGCUUUGGCUACAUGCGCCUGGUGGUGCGCGAGCUGGAGAGCCAGUUGCUCGAAGCCCGUCAGAGCCUUGCCGCCUUGCAUCGUCGCCCGUCCUGGAAGACCGUCGCCGGCCGCUAUAAGCCCCAGGCUCCUGUCUACGGGACUCCUGGCCUGGAGAACGGCCACCCCCCUUCCAGGGACUGCAGCUCCAUGGGCUGGGUAGAGGAAGGGGGCAGCAGGCUGGCAGGGUGGGGCUUGGCUGAGUGGGAGCUGCAGGGCCCUGCUAGCCUCCUCCUGGGCAAGGGGCAGAGCCCUGUGUCUCCUGAGACCUCCUGCUUCUCCACCCUGCACAACUGGUAUGGGCAGGAGAUCAUGGAGCUGAGGCGGGGAUGGCUGCAGAGGGCCCGGGGGGACCGGCCCAAAUGCGAGGAACAGGAGAGACCCUGAGCGUGGGCCCUUUGGCGUCAGGACACCAGGGCCAGUGUUUUUUCAGAAGUGGAAUGUUUACUUAUUUCCAAAGUUGCUUUUGGGGGGAUUUCUCUCUUUCCUGCUUCUUGGGCCUUCUUCUGAUUCCAUAUCAACACUAGUUCCCGGAGGGACUUAGGGAUCAUUCCUUCCAACCCCUUUAUUUCCUGGGACCCAGAGAGAAAAGGUGGCCUUGCUCAGCAGCCACAGAGUCCCAGGCUGCUCCUUUCUCAGAGGAUAAUGAUGAAAUGGAGGAAAUGGGAAGUGGGAAAUGCUACGUGGCCACAGGCCACCUUGCCUUUCACCUACACACCAGACUCUACAGCCACAAUUUCUAAUAUGGGGCUUCUUGUGAGCAUUUAAAUACCAGAGGUUGGCUGCAGAAUUUGGUGGAGGACCUGAUGUUGCCAGAGAAAGUGGAUUCACUGUAACAUGGGUAUUCUGGGGCUCAGUUUUUCCUGAAAGUCGUGGGAAGAUUGGGCAUGGGACUCCCAUUAUGCAGUUUGCUGAAGGCCCUUUGGAAGGAGAAGGCCUUCAGCAAAUAAAGAGGGAUUUAUUCUGCUUAGAAAGUGUUGGAGCUCCCACUUUCUCUCUCUCUCUCUGGCUGCCCUGUCAACAGUCCCGGAAGGGGCUGGUAGCUUUCAUAUGUCAGCAGAAACCCUUCAUGUACUCAGUCAUCAGCAGCCAGCUUCUGGAGGUGGAACUGCCAGGUGGGAAAUUAAAAGAAGAGGUGGGGAAGCAGUGUGGCUCCCUGGGAGAUCAGUUUGCUGCUCCAGUUCUCAGUUCUGGGCAUUCUAAGAGCUUGGACACAGGAUGCCCAGUACCCUGUGCUGAACGUUUCCUCUCCUCAGCUCCCACAGAGGUGUUCCUGUUCCUGAAAGCACCAGCAAACCAUCUGGAACUUGUCCACAGUCCUGCUUGUCACCCAGGGCGUACCUGCCAAACCCCUUGUUGCCACUCUCACCAGCAUCGGACCAAGGGUUUUCUUUUUUGCCUGGGGCACUAGGGGUACGGUGGCAGUGGCUGGAUAAGAAGCUGCAGAGCCUGGGCACACAGACCCCUCUCCCCAAACACAAGAAAUCUGCCCUUUCCUAGCUCCUCUCUCCCUUGCGGGAGACUUGGGCAGCCUGACCAAGGCCCAACUAAGGCUAGACGCUGAGGCUCAGAGCCUCCGGCCUCCAGGGGGCUGAAAUGCCACCCAGAGUCCAGGAGCCAUUCCUGCCCGACUCCCGGGAAUAGGGGCAGCCUUCCCAGCUGGUACUGGGGCCCCACAACCCCGUUUUAUACACAGAGACUGCAGGCCUUUGCUAUCCUUGUUAUUGUUGCAACGUUUUUUAUACGAUUAAAACACUAAACUUUU